AUGGAUUCUAGAUUUCCACAAACAAUAACCGCACAAACAACACUAAAUAAUUACGUUACCGAUCUUGUUAUAAGUAAUUUCUCUAACAAACUUUUUAUAUCAGUAACUCAAUUUGGUAAAAUUGGAAGUUUAGUUCUUGUUCGUCGUGACGUUAAUCUAAACGAAGAUUCAUCUCCAGUCUAUUCAAUAAAAUCUCUUCUUGGUAAAGAUCAAGCUGAAUAUCAUAUUCUUGCUCGUCAUCUUUACGAACGAUUACAAUUAAAAAAACAACUUCUUUUUGGUUUUGCUUUACAUUCAUUUGCAAAAAAAGAUCUUGAAUCUAUUGAAGAAUUUAUUUGUUCUAAUAUUAAACAAAUAAAUCAAUGA